CCCUACUCUCCAGGAUUUUGUUUUUCCAAUUCUGAUCAUUGCUGCACUGAGACCCCAAGAGUCACAGCCUUCAGGCUUUCCUCAGCUCUGACAGCUUCAGUGUUGGGCCAAGCAUGGCAAUGAAGUAUGAGAACUUCCAGAAUGUGGAGAGUGAGAAUAAAAGCCAGUGGUUUGGAAAUGGGCUGCCUCUUCCCCAGUCCCUCCUCUGCUCUGGCCCCCGACCUGUCCUGAUAUGCCUGGCUCUCAACUUCCUCCUGCUGGUUGGCAUCUGUGUGGUUGGAUCCCAAAAUUCCAGGUUUCAGAGGGACCUGGUAACCCUGAGAACAACUUUCAGCAAUGUCACAACUGAGGUCCAGUCGCUGAAUUCUCGAGGUGACCGUGCUCAAGAAACGCUGACAUCUCUGAAAGCUGAGGUGGAGAACCACAAGCAGGAGCUGCAGGCAGCCCGUAGCUUGAACGACAAAGUGUUUUCUCUGGAGAGCAAGCUGGAGAAACAGCUGCAGGAAUUCAAAGCAGGUUACUCCGAAAUACCCACUCUGCUCCAGCAGCUGGUCGAAGACCUGAAGUCCCUGUCUUGCAAAAUCACUCUUCUCAAGAGCAAUGGCUCUCAGACUACCUGCUGUCCCACUGACUGGCUGGAGCAUGGAGGCAGCUGUUACUGGUUCUCUCACUCUGGGAAGCCCUGGCCUGAGGCUGAGAAGUACUGCCAGCUGGAGAACGCCUACCUGGUGGUCAUCAACUCCAGGGAAGAGCAGAAUUUUGUCCAGAAACACUUAAGCGCCUCAUACACCUGGAUGGGCCUCAGUGAUCCCGAAGGAGUCUGGAAAUGGGCAGAUGGGACCGACUAUGACACCAACUUCAAGAACUGGAAGCCAGGCCAGCCCGACGACUGGCAUGGGCAUGGACUGGGCGGAGGGGAGGACUGUGCCCACUUCCAUCCCGACGGCAGGUGGAAUGACGACGCCUGCCAGAGGGACUACCGCUGGGUCUGUGAGACCGGCCUGAGCUCCGUGAGCUAAGAGAGCCUCCUGGGACCUCUCUGAGACCCUGUGGGAGGGACGCGCUGGGAGAUUGGAGCAUUGCCAACAUUUUGAAUUGUUUUCUGUUAACUUUCGAAAGACUAG